AUGCCAUCGGCACCGUCUCCAGCUGCUCACGUUGCCUCGAGAGGUGAUGAUCUUGUGGAAACUCUGCCGCCUCCCACCAUAGCCGUCCCCCCAUCUCUCCCCAUCUCCGCCUUGGUCGGGGACUACUCACCAUCAGAGAGUCCCUCCAACGGGCGAUUUACUCCCUCCGACGGGGAAUUUACUCCAAUUUCAUCUCCAUCAUCUGACACCCCAGAUGAUCUUCUAUCGCCGGCGCCGUCUCCCUCUCCCGUCGGAGUAUCAACGGUAGCGGUGGUUGGAAUCGUUAUCGGUGGAGUCGCUGUGCUUGUGCUUGUGGUAUUGACUUUGGUUUAUUUCCUUUAUAAAAAGAAACGAAGAAGAGACGAUGAAGCACCUCCUGCUCCCAAAGAAAACAAGAACGCAAUGUUCGGUGGACAGGAGCAACAAAUGGAAUCACAAGUGUCAGAACACGAAAAGACGUCACUGCCACUACCACAGCCUCCCACUCCACCUCAACUACCUCACCAGCCUCCUCCACCACGGCCUUUCAUGAGCAGCAGUGGUAGCUCUGAGCCAAACUAUUCGGAUCUUCCAGCUCUCCCUCCACCAUCUCCAGGCAUCUAUCAAGGCACUUUCGGUUACGAGGAGCUGGCAAGAGCCACUAAUGGCUUCUCUGAGGCCAAUUUGUUAGGACAAGGCGGAUUCGGAUAUGUGUUCAAAGGUGUAUUGCCUAAUGGACAAGAAAUCGCUGUGAAACAGCUGAAAGCAGGGAGUGCUCAGGGAGAGAGGGAGUUUCAGGCAGAGAUAGAUAUCAUUAGCCGAGUACAUCAUAGGCAUUUGGUUGCUCUUGUCGGAUAUUGCGUCGCCGGUGCUCAAAGAUUGCUUGUUUAUGAGUUUGUUCCCAACAACACUCUCGAAUUUCACCUCCAUGGGAAGGGACAGCCUCCGAUGGAAUGGAGCUCGAGAUUGAAGAUUGCUGUUGGUUCUGCCAAAGGAUUGUCUUUUCUUCAUGAAAAUUGCAAUCCUAAAAUCAUUCACCGUGAUAUCAAGGCGGCAAACAUAUUGAUUGAUUUCAGUUUUGAAGCAAAGGUUGCUGAUUUUGGUCUUGCCAAGAUUGUUCCUGAUACAGACACUCAUGUAUCUACACGCGUGAUGGGAAGCUUUGGGUAUUUGGCUCCAGAAUACGCUGCAAGCGGAAAGCUCACAGAAAAGUCUGAUGUUUACUCAUUUGGCGUUGUACUUUUGAUGCUAAUCACCGGACGUCGCCCUUUUGGGGCAAACAAUGUCCAUGCAGCAGAUGAUAGCUUGGUUGAUUGGGCACGACCCUUGCUUGACCAAGCAUCUGAGGAAGGAGACUUUACGACUGUGGCUGAUACAAAGCUGAAUAAUGAAUAUGACAUAGAAGAGAUGGGUCGCAUGGUUGCUUGUGCUGCAGCCUCUGUUCGCCAUUUAGGUCGUCAGAGACCUAGCAUGGACCGGGUUGCGAGUGUGCUAGAAGGAAGCAUGUCGCCGUCAGAACUGAAGGAAGAGACUACACCGGCGGGUCGUACGUAG